AUGACGUCGCUGCGCCUCCUCCUGCUGGCAACGUCGGCCGUCGCCAUCAAGCUGCGCCUCCUCCACGACGAGUGCGUGAGCGUCGCCGGCGAGGCGGCCAUCGCCGUCCUGUUCCACUUCGAGUACGACCCGCAGACGGAGCUCGCCGACGUGCGGCGCAUCCGGCGCGCGUGCUGCGCCGCGGACCUCGCGCUCGGCGAGGCCGUCCGGUGCGCGGACCUCGCGUCGGCGCAGCGCGCGCUCGCGAAGCGCGGCGAGGCCGCGGCGCGGGCGGGGUUCGCGCACCUCUACGACGGCGACGACGACGGCGUCUUCCUCGUCUCGAAGACGAACGCCGUGAACGCGAGCCUGUGGCUCGCGGACGACGCGGGCGCGCGGCUCACGGAGGUCGCGCGCCUCGACGCGCCCUGCGACGUCGACGUCGCCGCGCCGAACCGGCCGCUCGCGAUGGCCGUCCCGUUCGAGGGCCUCGAGGCCACGCAGGCCUGGCUCGAGGCGACGCUGAAGCGCAACGUCGUCGACGCGCCCGGGCCCGUCUACGACGACGAGGAGGUCAUCAAGAUCGCGGCCGUGGCGAACCCGUUCCUCGAGUGGGCGCUCCGGCGCGGCGACGCCGCGAGCUACGCCGCGCGGUGGGCGGACCACUACGGCGGCCUCGGCAGGGCGAUCGUCUACCGCGCCGAGGACCUGGGCGACCUCCCGAACGUGCGCCACUUCAUCCGCAAGACCGCGAGCCAGACGGGCCGCGGCGUCGUCGACGCGGCGACGUUCGCCGCGCCGCCGGUCGUCGACCGCGUCCUGGACUCGCGGCGCGUGCUGCGGGUCUGGCGCGACGGCGAACUGCGCGUCCUCGACAAGGACAGCGGCGCCCCCGUCGUCGCCGCGACCGCGCGCGAGAUCAAGGCGCUCGCGGCCGCGCUGCCGCCGGCGCUCACGGCGACCUUCGCGUACCUCCCCUGGUACUUCGUGCACGUGCCCAAGACCGGCGGCAAGUACGUCCGCGACCUCCUGCGGCGCUGCGCGCCCCUGGUCAACUACGGCCACCACUCCGCGGCGCGGGGCGCGGAGCACUUUCUGACGCUGCGGGAGCCCGCGGACCGCUUCGAGUCGAUGCUGACGAUGCGGCUCGCGGAGCGGAAGCCCCGGCUCGACUGGCCCGGCGACCGCGUCGACUUCGACGACGCGAAACGCGCGCCCCUCGACGCGACGCUCGCCGCGUUCGCGGACGAGGACCUGCUGAACUUCGCGCCGUUCCGGACCUUCGGAUUCUACGCGAGCGACAAGUCGACGAUCCUCUGCCGGCCGGGCGACGCGUUCGCGUUUCUCGACGCCUUCGGGGUCGUCGACCGCGACCCGGCCUGCGCCGCGGCGCCGCCGGCGCCGGCCAAGGCCGCGCGCGCGCAGGGCCGCUUCUCCGAGGCGUCGCGGGACCGCAUCCGCCGCGUCUUCGCGGACGACACGAGCCUGUGGCGACGCGCCUGCGCGUAA